GAGGCUGGCCCGCCCAGGCACUUGUUGCAGGGGAGGACGGACUGGUCCGGCGGAGUUUCCUUGGCCGCCUCCCUGGCACUGCGCGGAGUCCCCCGAGGAAAAAGCCAAGAGAGACCAAGCUGGUUGAUGUCCUCAAGCUGCCAUGAAGACCUUGCUUCGAUGCUUCUGGAGCCUGCGGCCGCCUCCUUGCACUCUCUUUCGCCAAGCCAAGAGACACCUGGCCUCUCCGAUCAUCUCGCAUUACGAAGCUAUAAACCAUGGUGACCUGGAUGUGCCUGAGUACUUUAAUUUUGCCAGGGAUGUUCUGGACAGGUGGACCCAGGAGGAAAAGGAUGGAAAGAGGCCUCCGAACCCAGCCUUCUGGUGGGUGGAUGACCAGAGCAAAGAGGUGAAGUGGAGCUUUGAGGAGCUGGGAGUCUUAUCCCGGAAAGCUGCCAACAUGCUGGUCGAUCCCUGCGGCUUGCAGAAGGGCGACAGGGUCAUGGUGGUUCUUCCAAAGCUUCCUGAAUGGUGGCUGAUGAAUGUGGCUUGUAUCCGGACAGGCAUUGUUUUCAUCCCAGGGACGCCCCAGUUAACUGCCAAAGACAUCUCCUACAGGCUACAGGCUUCCAAAGCCAAAUGCAUUGUGGUCAGCGACGCCUUGGCCCCCGCAGUGGACACGGUCCUGUCUGAAUGCAAGUCUCUGAAAACCAAGCUUCUUGUGUCCGACAGCAGCAGAAAUGGCUGGCUGAACUUCAGGGAUCUCGUCCAAGCAGCGCCUGCCGACCACGACUGCACAAAGACCAAGAGCGAGGACACAAUGGCCAUUUACUUUACAAGCGGAACCACGGGAGCUCCCAAAAUGGUGGAACAUUCCUACUGCUUCCACGGCAUUGGAUUGAUAUCUGCCGCCAGGCGCUGCAUGGGUUUGUCUCCUUCGGCUAUAUUCUGGAAUACGUCGGACCCAGGAUGGGUUAAGACGACCUGGAGUGGUGUUUUUGGUCCGUGGAUCAAUGGGACGUGCGUCUUUGUACAUCGCCUGCCGCAAUUCGAACCCGCCAUCGUACUGAACACUCUUGCCCGAUACCCAAUCACCACUUUCUGCACAGCUCCUACAGGAUUCCGUAUGUUGGUGCAGCAGGAUCUUGCCAGCUACAAAUUCCCAAGCCUGGAGCAUUGUGUAACAGGAGGGGAACCGCUCAAUGCAGAGGUGUUGCAGCGAUGGAAAACCCACACAGGGGUGGAUAUCUAUGAAGGCUAUGGACAAACAGAAACAGUAGCCAUCUGUACGAAUGUUAAAGGGAUGAAAAUCAAACCUGGCUCCAUGGGAGUGGCGUCUCCACCGUAUGAUGUCCAGAUUGUGGAUGAUGAAGGCAAAAUUCAGCCUCCGGGGGUAGAAGGGGACAUUGCUAUCAGAAUCAAACCAAAACGACCAUUUUGCCUUUUCUCACAAUACUUAGAUAACCCUGAGAAAACCGCAGCCACUGAGCGUGGUGAUUUUUAUGUCACUGGAGACAGAGGGAUUAAAGAUGAAGAAGGCUAUUUCUGGUUUGUCGGAAGAUCAGACGAUCUGAUUAAUUCUGCCGGGUAUCGUAUCGGCCCGUUUGAAGUGGAGAGUGCCUUGAUAGAGCACCCAGCUGUGGUGGAAUCGGCUGUGGUCAGCAGCCCAGAUCCCGUGAGAGGAGAGGUGGUGAAAGCCUUUGUCAUCCUGUCUUCUGCCUUUAUAUCGCAUGACCCAGAAAAAUUAAUCAAGGAGCUCCAGGAUCACGUGAAAAAGGUGACUGCUCCUUACAAGUAUCCCAGAAAGGCAAGUAUCUUCUGAGGUCCUAACAGGGAAAUUAAAAUGGGUUGUAGAUUCGUUGAAAUUGGUGAACAUGAUUAAUUUAGACAUUAAUUUCAGUGUGUCUAUUGUGAAGAGGAAUUGACUUGUUUUUAAACUGUUUUGCAAACUCUGAGAUGCUGUGGUAAUGAAUUAGUCCAAGACUGCAAAAAAAAACCACAAACUGAGAUGCACUCUCAUUUUUUGCCUACACAGGUUGAGUUUGUCCGGGAGUUGCCCAAGACGGCAGCAGGGAAAAUCCGAAGGAACGUAUUAAGGAAUCAAGAAUGGGGAAGAGUGUAGCUUUGGCUGAACAUCUGCAAACAAAGAACCUUCCUGCAGUACUGCUGUUUGUUGGCAAAGAGGUUCAUUCAAAGAAUGCAUUCUCCCUUAAGGUUGCUUCUAAAAGUCUCAUCUGAUUCCCCACCCACCUGAAAUGUUGGACUCGCAGUUUCCCUUCUUUCCAAAGUGGAACCAUGAUGCGUCAGGAACUCUCAAUCAUUCUGUCUCCUUUUUUUUUUUUGAAUGAGAUUGGGGAACCUGUAGCUCUUCAGGUGAUGAUCAACUUCCAUUGGUCCCAAACAACAACAACAACAACAACAAUUUUAUUAUUUGUACUCCACCCAUCUGAUAGGGUUGCCCCAGCCACUCAGGGCAGCUUCCAACAUCUGUAAAAACAUAGUAAGACAUCACACAUUAAAAGGCUUCCCAAUACAGGGCUACCUUCAGCGGUCUUCUAAAGGUUAUAUCUCCUCAUCUCCUUGACAUCUGAUGGGAGGACAUUCCACAGGGUGGGUGCCACUACUGAGAAGGCCAUCUGCCUGGUUCCCUGUAGCUUCACUUCUUGCAGUGAGGGAACCACCAGAAGGCCCUUGGAGCUGGAUCUCAGUUUCUGGGCCAAACGAUGGGAGUGCAGACGCUUUUUCAGGUCAGGGGUGAUGGGAGUUGGAGUCCAGCAACAUCUGUGGGCCAUGAUCCCCAAGCCUUGUUGUAGUAGAGACAAACAUCCAGUUUUCAUUUGAUUUCCUUUCUCUACAUAACUGAUUUGCACAGUUGCAUUGAUGAAAUGUUGCAAAAAACACUGUUGAUGUUACCUUGUGUACAAUUACAUCAAUAGUUUUGAUAGGGAGGGCCAUAGUUCCGUGGUAGAGGAUAUGCUUUGCAUGCAGGUCAGAUCCUGUUCCCAUUCUCUCCACUGAUGGGUUAGGAACAGACCGCUGUCUAAAACCCCAGGAUUGCUGCCAGCCAGUCUAGACCAGAGACAGAGAACCUGUGGUCUUCCAGAUGGAGUUUUAGGGCUGAUGGGAGCUACCACCCACACUGGCAUGGCCCUGUGGUUAGGGAGAUGACAGGAGCUGGAGUCCAACAAAUAUCUUAGAGGACUGCAGAUUCUCCUUCCCUGAUAUGGACUUAAGGCAGAAAGUGGGUAAGUUGAAGCCAGACUCCUAUUUUGUGCCAAGUUCCUUAUCUACACCAAAGGCCUGACAGAUGUUAUGGUUUUUAUUUUUUGUUGUUAAUAUACAAUAUUAGCUAAUAUAAAAUAUUUUUUGUUGUCAAUAUAAAAUAUGCUACAAAUGUUGAUCGCCUCAAGGAUCAAACUCAAAUAGGAGUUUGAGGGUGCUAGUAGAUAGAAUUAAUCCCUAAGAAGUGUUGUGUGAAGACGCCCUCCCAUGUUUUAGGACGCAAACCCUGCAGUGUUGAGCAUCUGUACAAGGCCCCUGUUUUAGGUUGGACUGAAGCUGAGAGAGAACAACAACCCUGAAAUGUUGUUCACUGCUUUUCUCCCCACACUGCAUGUUUGGCAGAAAAAGUAAUCUGCAAUAACCCUGUUGUGUAGCUCACCCUUACACACCUUAUGCAGGUUGGACUUCUGUGCUGCAAGAGAACAAGUUACAGCAGGAUUGCAACAUAGUCCAAAGUUAAUGUUUCAGAAGGAAAGGAGAGGCUGAGGCUGGUAUGGAUUCCCAGUUUUUUUUUUAAAGCAAACCCUCAUACAUCUCAUGUUGCAGGCAGGCAGUUCUAUUUUAAGUUGGCCUCUCAGACACUCUUCCCAGGGUAAUGUAAGCACUCAGUUGCAUGUCAGCCUCCUUUGGGUUGCAUGUGGAUUGGUUGCAAAUAUUAAUGUUCCAAAAAUAAAAUAAUGCGGAGGAUGCAAGACCCAAAUUAGGGCUACUAUGAAUGACCAUUUUUGCAGCCACCAACAAAUAAAUAUUUUCAGGUGAAACAGGAGAUUGUAUUACCAAAAACAAUGUCACUAAACUUUUAUUUUUGUGCUAUCAACUGUGCCCAUGUAUUUGUAACCUUGGCUUUCGGGGAAAAAAUUCCCAAAGGAAAGUUUCUCAUUGUACCAAAUCAAUAUUUUGAGUGCUGGAAAUAAAGCUAUUUUCUAACCUUUA